AUGUGCCUGACCCGGUGCGCACCCCGCCAGGCGGCAGCGCCAGGGCGCGGAGAGCUCCCUAGAGCUCCGCUGCCUCGUCCCACUCCGGCGGCCGCGACCAUGUUCCAGCCCGCGGCUAAGCGGGGCUUCACCAUCGAGUCCUUGGUGGCCAAGGAUGGUGGCACCGGCGGGAGCGCGGGCAGCGGGAGUGCAGGCUCCCAUCCCUUGGCCGGGGCCGCAUCCGAGGAACCGCUGCGGCCCACCGCGCUCAACUACCCUCACCCCGGCUCUGCCGAGGCGGCCUUCGUGAGUGGUUUCCCCGCUGCGGCGGCCGCGGGAGCCGGCCGCUCGCUUUACGGGGGGCCGGAGCUCGUGUUCCCUGAGGCUAUGAACCACCCGGCGCUGACCGUGCACCCGGCGCACCAGCUGGGCGCCUCCCCGCUGCAGCCCCCGCAUUCCUUCUUCGGCGCUCAGCACCGAGACCCUCUCCAUUUCUACCCCUGGGUGCUACGGAAUCGCUUCUUUGGCCACCGCUUCCAGGCGAGCGACGUUCCCCAGGACGGGCUGCUCCUGCACGGGCCCUUCGCGCGCAAGCCCAAGCGGAUCCGCACCGCCUUCUCACCCUCGCAGCUGCUGCGGCUGGAGCGCGCCUUCGAGAAGAACCACUACGUGGUGGGCGCCGAGAGGAAGCAGCUGGCUGGCAGCCUCAGCCUCUCCGAGACGCAGGUGAAGGUAUGGUUCCAGAACCGGAGGACAAAGUACAAACGGCAGAAGCUGGAGGAGGAGGGCCCCGAGUCUGAACAGAAGAAGAAGGGCUCCCACCAUAUCAACCGGUGGCGCAUUGCCACCAAGCAGGCCAAUGGCGAAGACAUCGACGUUACCUCCAAUGACUAGGGGAGCAACCAGGAGCCCACGAGGGCAGAGUGCUGCUUGCUGCUGGCCAGGAUCCCUGCAGGCCGAAGCUGGACUCUGGCCACUCCCAGGCCAGGCUGCGGGAGGCCUCAAGUCACGGCCCCACAGGGCUUGGAGCCUGGGGCCAUCACCGGCAGAGGGACAAGAAAUGGGCUGGCUGAGGCCUGGGACUGCUCAGCCUUCUCUGUGGAGAGCCUGCCGCCUGGGUGGGCCACCUGUCACUGCAGCCUCCCAGCUGCGCUCCCGUUUCUUACCUCCUUUUUGUUUGAUGACUUUCUGAUUUAAUUUAUUUUCCAGGUCCCCACUGUAGUUCUUAGUGAUCUCCUGUGUCUCCCUUCCCUAUGGGAAUAAUAAAAGUCUCUCUCUUAAUGA